AUCAUUCACAUCCACACACAACCGGCUGGCUCCCGUGUGCUGCUGUCGGGGAGAGAGGCAGAAAAGCCAAGAUUCUGACCACAACAGAUUUGCAUUGGAUUAGGUGGGGACCAUGUCAGAAGGGGACCGGCCAAGAAGCGGCCUAAGCCAAGCCAGCAGCACAGCUACCAUCACUUCGGUCUCCAUGGGAACCAAGCCACAUGCAACCCGGCCCGUCCGGAAGGUACACACUUUUGGAAAGAGGUCCAAUUCCAUCAAAAGAGACCCUAACCAGCCAGUCAUCAUGCGGGGAUGGCUUUAUAAAAAGGACAGUUCUGGACUUAAACUCUGGAAACGACGUUGGUUUGUCCUUUCAAAUUACUGCCUCUUCUAUUACCGAGACAGCCGAGAAGAGAUGGUCUUGGGCAGCAUCCCUCUCCCCAGCUAUGAAAUUCGGACAGCGUUCUCCAAGGAAAAGAAGAACCGGCGCUUCGUGUUCAAGGCAGAGCAUCCUGGCAUGAGAACGUAUUAUUUUAGUGCUGAAACUCAGUUGGACAUGAAUAGCUGGAUCCGGGCCAUGAACCAAUCAGCUGCUGCUGAGUGCGACUAUGGAAACUACAAUCGAGGUCUCCAUGACCAGUCCUUGUCUGCCCACACCAGCUUUGAGGACUGCACUCUCAUGAAGGAUGACUUUGCCAAAAGUGCUGAAUCCCUAGAAAUCGCCCAUAUUUCAGAAGCGCAGGAAGCUGAAGCCUCUUCAACCGAAGUCGAUCAGCAAGACUCUCUGUGCCCCAGGAGGGAUUCUUCAUCUGCUUCAUUCAAUGGGGGAUACCCCUUAGAAAUAAGAGAGCAACCAGAUUUAAGCUCCCUCUCUUCCCAGACGGAUGGAUGUGCCUCCCCUCUCAUCCACACAAAGCUUUCCCCAAGGCCACGGUCCCCACCGCCUCGCCUCUCUGAGAGCCCCUCGCCUACUUCUUCCUUCCGGACCCUUCAGGCUUCCCCUCUCCUUUCUAUCCGCUCCUCUCGUUCCUACUCCCUCCCCUUGACCCCAGCCGAAUCUCCUCGGACACCAGACGCUCAUUCAUCACCCCCUAGGGCCCGCCGGAAGCCCCCACGAACUGCAGCUGCACAGGCUGCAUCGUGUGAAGACCUGUAUGCUCACAGGAGUCUUGUGCGCCCCCACACACCCAUGGGGAGGGUAGACAUUGCCCCCAGCGAGGGCAUUCCCCUCAACCCCUAUGCCAUUGUGUCGCCUGGCACCAGGGGGCACCCCCUGACACCCGCUGACCGGUACGAUGUCUUCCCUUCCUCUGAAGACCCCUAUUGCCGGCGCUACACUCGAAGUCCUCAUCCCAGCAGAGCCCGGCCUGUGGGUGAGGAAGGCCUAACACCCUCCCUAGGGAGACAGCCACAGACCCGAUUUGCAGACCGUGGCUACAUCUCACCCUCCACUGGACCAGCUCGUACUUUGGUCAUGUCUCGGCUUCAGGGACGCUUGAUCUCCCCCCACUCUGCUUCAUCCAGUUACCUCCACCUGCCGCCCCUCCCCCCCAUGCCCAACCGGCCCAACCCGGGGAAAAAGACCACGUACCGGAAUCUGGCGCGAGAGAGGAGCCUCCAUGGUGCUGGUGGGCAGCGAUUUGAAAGUGACACUGACGCUCUCUUGACAAAACUGUGUGGCCAAGACAAAAUUCUCCGUGGCUUGGAAGAGGAGAUAAGCCAGUUCCGGGCUGAAAAGGAACGGCUUGAAAAGGCCUUGGAGGUGACACGUUUGCAGCUUGAGGAGUUCAAAGGCCAGGAUGCGACGAUGGAGAAAAUCUGCUGCCAGCGGCGGCAGUUGCAGGAUGAGCUGGUUCAAGUCCGAGCACGUCUGUGUGAUCUGGCGCUGGACAGUGACCGAGCUUGGGAGGAUUAUUCAGGCUUGGAAAAUGAGCUGCAGUUGCUGAAGGGCUCCUUGGAGCACAUCCGGAAUGUGGGGCACCCCCAGGACCAAGCAUCUGCUCAGCAAGAUUUGUGGAGGAUCCACGACAUCCUGGCCGGUCUGAGGGCCAGCCCGGCAAACUAUCUCACCAUGGAAAACAGAAGAACAGGGGCAUCUCCAGCCUCAACUCCAACUCUGGAUUCUCAUCUGGGAAUGAACCACAAUCCCAUGCUGCCCUGCUCUGGAGAAGAGAAGGAAUCCGAAACUGCUCCUCCUGUAGGAGCCUCCCUUUUCUACCAUGAAGCUACCUCUAGCCAUGUGUCAGUCACACAGGAGCCUGGCAGGACUGUGAGCCAAUCAGAAAGCGGGCAGCAGGACAAUCCCAGUGUGGGAGAACAGUCUAACCCAUCUUCCUCCAGCAGAGGGCAGCAGGGGGCAUCAUGGCCUUCUAAUAGGAUCCGGCGGUCUCCGGAUUCCUCUGCUGAACCCGUGAAAAUGGAGAAAAGUAGUCUCGUGAGGGAAGCAGAAGCUCUUUGUUCAGACCGUGGAAGCCAUAUCUGUGAAGAUGGAAGCCGCAGCAGAGCCAAGGUGGUCUCCCCCGAUACAACUGCCCCUCGUCGUUCCCGCAUGAGUGCCCAGGAACAGCUUGACAGGAUGCAAAGGAACCAAGAAGCUCAAAGGAAAUCAGAAGCCGCACAGAUCAGCCCUUUGAGUCCCUGGCGAGACUCUCUCAAGCGUGGGUCUGGCCGGCCCCUCCCCAAUACCCCCCCUGAGUCAUCACCCAAAGAGGGCCUUCAAAAUGCGGGACCCAAGCCUCAAUGCCCCCCAACCCCUGAGUGGGAGCGACAGAGAGUAAUCCAGCUUUCCUAUGCGUUGGCAGCGGAGGCUUCACAGCGAGGGAAACGCAUCACAGGAAGGACCGGUUCUCGCUCCUCCUUAGACAACAUCCCCGGGUCACGUGAUAGUCUGGACCAUCAUCACCUCCCCAGUGACAGUAACUCUGAUGAAGCAGAGCUCAAUGGUGUGCCAUCCAAACACAACCAAACAACCACUCAGAACUGUCGUAGUGACUCCAGAGCAGCAAAUCACACACUAUCUUCAUCCCACACAUCCAAUCAUGUGUCAUGUGCCUCGGAAGCUUCCAAUUGGUCAUUACCUCUUCCAGAGGAAACCAGUCAGGUGUCAUCACAGUCCAAGGUUCCGAAGUCUACAUUGCACCACAUAGAAUCAGCCAAUGAGGAGCUGUCUCUAAAGAGUCCACCUUGGGUGGCGCCAUUGCCUCCAUCAGCCAAUCGGAACUUCUCUAUCUCCAGAAUGGCCAAUUGGGAUUCACCUCCGUUUUGGGACUGUGAAGUGUGGGAAUCUGAGCAAAGCCUUGUGGGUAAUCGGGACCCAAGCAAUGGCAGAUGCCAUGGGUGGAGAGGUGAGAAUAAGUCCCAUCAGGUGGUAUACCUUUAUGACACUGCACAGCCUAUCAAGGUCACACUGGUGAAAUCCAGUUUUUAACUCCAGUGGGUGGAUGGUGGGAAUAAAAAAAUGGAUGACACAUCUGGCAUCUU